UGACUCGUGUUAUGUGACUGUUUGUGCCUUCCAUUACUUUGACUCGAGCCUCAGAGUCCAAAUUUUAAUUUAAUUAUUUUUAUAAGGUUUCUAUUUUAUAAUAUUUAAUUUUACUUUUUCUAUUUUACUUACCUAUUUUUGGUAGCAGGGACAAAAAGAACUGCACGUUGUACCGUGUAUGAUUGUGCGUGUGACAAAUAAACCUGUCUUGUAUCCUGUAAGUGUUUGAAUGUGUGGCAGGAGUCGAGUCUUUCGGCCGACGCGAUCGACCGCUCGGCUCUUGUGCGUUUUAGCAGAAGACAUUUGAAAGAGUGAAAAGCGGCUUUAGCUGUGAUGCUAACAGCUGUGAACAGUCAGGAACCAGUGGGAAAGCUUGUUUAUUCUCGCACUUUGUUUGUUUGUUAGUUUGUGCGGGAGGAAAUACUUUAAAGAAGUCAAGUUCAUUACCAUAAAGAUGAGAGUAGAGACGCACUUCAGUCUGUCCGUCUGUGUUGUGUGGGUCAUGAACUCCAGGUAGUGGACUGACAGAACGGUUCAGACUGGUUUCAUGUUUCUAGACUUGAAUGUUAAAGUUUGAACGAGGCUUAACUUUAACUUUGUGAAACAAAAGGACAAAAAGCCAAAAUGUGUUAACCUUGAAGAAUCCAGCAGACAAAAGGCUGUUCAGAAGUGAAGCCCAACUUCCUGUUGUGUCACGUAAACACUGAGAUGUGUGUGUUUAGUAGUUUUAGUCAGUUUGUUGUCUGAAAGUUUCAUCAGUUUCAUCCCGUCUUCACAGCAUGAAGUGUUGCUGCAGUCUGGACUUUGUGGAGCUCCGUCAGUGUCUCCAGCUGCGGUUCAGACUGACUGACAGAUCUUCAGUAACACUGCCACGUGCUGCUGACUGGCAGCACUGCAGCUCACACUGGCUCUCUGCUCUCACGUCAGACUGAUGUUUCUGGAUUUGGAUUUGAAGGUGUGGGCUCUGCUAUGAAUCAGUGUGAGGAGACAGAGGAGGGAGUCCCUCCCUCUAAAACCACUCUGUGUGGGGAACAUGACAGCCAGACCAAAGCUCAGAGCCCCGAGCAGCAGAGAUCGGACUGUCCUGAACCUGAACCUGAACCCAGCAGUGUGUCCAUGAGGAGUGACAGGUCCAUGGAUCUACCAAUAAAUUUUAAAGGACGACUUCCUUCUGAGUCUCAAGUUCAGCAGCAACAGUCAGAUGUUCUCGGUGGUCAGUCUGUCCAGCAGAAUCCAGCAGACCUGGACUCUAUAUUCAUGCAUCUUGAGGAGAACAUUGUCACUUUUGUGAAGAACGAGCUGAAGAAGUUCCAGAAGGUUCUGAGUCUAGAUUACCCAGAAAGCUUAGAGAGGCAGAGUGAAGAUGAGGAGGUGUUGGAUGGUGUGGAUGAAGAGCAGAAGAGCAGCAGCAGAGACGCAUUUCUGAAGAUCACACUGCACUUCCUGAGGAGAAUGAAGCAUGAGGAGCUGGCUGACUGUCUGCUGUGCAGAACUGUUGCUCCAGUUUGUCGUCAGCUCAAAUCUAAGCUGAAAAAGAAGUAUGAGUCUGUGUUUGAGGGGGUUGCUAAAGCAGGAAACCCGACCCUCCUGAAUCAGAUCUACACAGAGCUCCACAUCACAGAGGGAGGGACUGCAGAGGUCAAUGAAGAACAUGAGGUCAGACAGAUUGAAACAGCAUCCAGGAAAACCAGAAGACCAGAAACAAAAAUCAGACAUGGAAACAUCUUUAAAGCCUCACCUGGAAGAGAUGGACCAAUCAGAACAGUGAUGACAAAGGGAGUGGCUGGCAUUGGGAAAACAGUCUUAACACAGAAGUUCACUCUGGACUGGGCUGAAGACAAAGCCAACCAGGACGUCCACUUCACAUUUCCAUUCACUUUCAGAGCGCUGAAUGUGCUGAAAGAUAAAAAGUACAGCUUGGUGGAACUUGUUCAUGACUUCUUCGCUGAAACCAAAGAAGCAGGAAUCUGCAGGUUUGAAGAGUUCCAGGUUGUGUUCAUCUUUGAUGGUCUGGAUGAGUGUCGACUUCUUCUAGACUUUCACAAGAAUGAGAUCCUGACUGAUGUCACAGAGUCCACCUCAGUGGAUGUGCUGCUGACAAACCUCAUCAGGGGGAAUCUGCUUCCCUCUGCUCGCCUCUGGAUAACCACACGACCUGCAGCAGCCAGUCAGAUCCCUCCUGAGUAUGUUGACGUGGUGACAGAGGUCAGGGGGUUCACUGACCCACAGAAGGAGGAGUACUUCAGGAAGAGAUCCAGAGAUGAGGAGCAGGCCAGCAGAAUCAUCUCCCACAUCAAGACAUCACGAAGUAUCCACAUCAUGUGCCACAUCCCAGUCUUCUGCUGGAUCACUGCGACAGUCCUGGAGGAUAGGUUGAAGACCAGACAGGGAGGACAGCUGCCCCAGACCCUGACUGAGAUGUACAUCCACUUCCUGGUGGUUCAGUCCAAAGUGAAGAACAUCAAGUAUGAUGGAGGAGAUGGGACAGAUCCACAAUGGAGUUCAGGUGGCAGGAAGAUGAUCGAGUCUCUGGGAAAACUGGCCUUUGAGCAGCUGCAGAAAGGCAACCUGAUCUUCUAUGAAUCAGACCUGACCGAGUGUGGCAUCGAUAUCAGAGCAGCCUCAGUGUACUCAGGAGUGUUCACACAGAUGUUUAAAGAGGAGAGAGGACUGUACCAGGACAAGGUGUUCUGCUUCGUCCAUCUGAGUGUUCAGGAGUUUCUUGCUGCUCUUCAUGUCCAUCAGACAUUCAAUAAUUCUGGUGUCAACCUGAUGUCUGAAGAAGAAGCAAACCGGCCUCCAACAUUUCAAAACAAACUAGAACCAGCUCUCAUGUACCAGAGUGCUGUGGACAAGGCCUUACAGAGUCCUAAUGGACACCUGGACUUGUUCCUUCGCUUUCUCCUGGGCCUUUCUUUGACGACCAAUCAGACUUUCCUACAAGGCCUGCUGACACAGACAGGAAGUAGCUUACAGACCAAUCAGGGAGCAAUUGAGUACAUCAAGAAGAAGCUCAGUGAGAAUCUGUCUUCAGAGAGGAGCAUCAAUCUGUUCCACUGUCUGAAUGAACUGAAUGAUGGUUCUCUGGUGGAGGAGAUCCAACAGUUCCUGAAUUCAGGAAGUCUCUCCACAGGUGAACUGUCUCCUGCUCAGUGGUCAGCUCUGGGCUUCAUCUUACUGUCAUCAGAAGAAGAUCUUGACGUGUUUGACCUGAAGAAAUACUCUGCUUCAGAGGAGGUUCUUCUGAGGCUUUUGCCAGUGGUCAAAGCCUCCAACAAAGCUUUGCUGAGUGGCUGUAACCUGUCAGAGAGAAGCUGUGAAGCUCUGUCCUCAGUUCUCAGCCGUCAGUCCUCUAGUCUGAGAGAGCUGGACCUGAGUAACAAUGACCUGCAGGAUUCAGGAGUGAAGCUGCUGUCUGCUGGACUGAAGAGUCCACACUGUAAACUGGAGACUUUCAGGCUGUCAGGCUGUAUGAUCACACAAGAAGGCUGCACUUCUCUGGCCUCAGCUCUGAGAUCCAACCCCUCCCAUCUGAGAGAGCUGGACCUGAGCUACAAUCAUCCAGGAGACUCAGGAGUGGAGCUGCUGUCUGCUGGACUUGGGGAUCCACUCUGGAGACUGGACACUCUCAGGCUGGAACAUGGUGGACAGCAGAGGCUGAAACCUGGUUUGAGGAAGUAUGCCUGUGAACUCACAGUGGACACAAACACAGUAAACACAAACCUCAAACUGUCUGACCACAACAGGAAGGUGACAGCAGUGAGAGAAGAGCGGCCUCAUCCUGAUCAUCCAGAGAGGUUUGACUGCUGGCCUCAGCUGCUGUGUAGAACUGGUCUGACUGGUCGCUGCUACUGGGAGGUCGAGUGGAGUGGAAGAGUUGAUAUAUCAGUGACUUACAGAGGAAUCAGAAGGAAAGGAAACACUGAUGACUGCGGGUUUGGAGGGAAUAAUCAGUCCUGGAGUCUGAGCUGCUCUGAUGAUCGUUUCUCUGUCUGUCACGAUAAAAGAAGAACAGACGUCCCCUCCUCCUCCUCCUCCUCCGUCUCUCACAGAGUUGCAGUGUAUGUGGACUGUCCUGCUGGCACUCUGUCCUUCUACAGAGUCUCCUCUGACACACUGACCCACCUCCACACCUUCAGCACCGCAUUCACUGAACCACUUUAUGCUGGAUUUGGGUUUGGGUUCUGGUCUGGUUCCUCCUCAGUGUCUCUGUGUUCAGUGUCGGAGGAAGAGUGUCCUCCUGUUAGAGAAACACACACACUUUAUGUGAGGCACACUGACUCAUCAUCACAAGAAAGUGUUUGAAUUUAGUAUUUUUGCUGAU